ACUGGUGUGUUGGCCGCAGCACAUAGCACAUGGGAUAUUCCUUGAGUAGUGGUCUGCUACUGCAUCAACACCCGGCGCAGCCGGAUCGUGAGCUCGAAAGGCAAGACGGGUAAAGGUCGCCUGAUGCGCUGGUUUACCUUGGCCCUAGAGUCGGUCGUAUCGAGGUCUGUACUGCACCCGUGCCCUUACCGACACCUGGAACGUGACCGAGAUGUUGAUGUUGCGAGCCUGCUGCAACCGCAGUACACUUGGUCCCGCAGAAGGGAUACCUCGAUUGGGAGGGUCGAGGCUCAGAGAAUGCAUAAAAUGUUGCCCCUCGUAGCCAAAGAGUCCCCCAGCCCAUAUCUCCAAUACAUCAGUCUCACCUCUAUCGUUAAAAGCGGUCUCCAAGCUCCUACACGAUCAUGUUCACCAAAAUAUUCUUCUCGACAGUCGCCGCUACGGCACUCUUCGUGGUUUCUGCGUCUGCCAUUUGACAGUAUCAAGCUGCACGCGUGCUCACUGACAGACCAUGAUUCCAGGGCAAGUAUACGACAGCUCCUGCAAUGUCAUUCACCAGGUGACUGGGCAGAACCCGUGCAAAGGGGGCGUGUUGGACUGCAAUUCUGCCCAGGCCACCUUCACUGGCUUACACCUUAAUAGCGUCAACUAUGCUUGCAGCCCCAACACUGACGCUGAUUCUUGCAAUGGUCAAGCUAUUCAAGUUUGUGCAAUGGACAAUAUUAGUAUUGGUGUGUGCGAUCACUGUGACUCGCUUGAGGGCGAAGAUCCCGUUUGGGUGAUCAUUAAUAUCUCCAUCAUCUUCUUGAUUUGUGUACAACGGUGCAGGGGUGCCCCAUAUCGAUAACCCAUAUGACAAUAGGGGGCUCCCGCAGAGAAACAGAGUUCGCCCUUCCACAAUACGGUAAGUUA